CAUCUACAGCAGGUAAGCGUUUUUGUCUAAUACUUUUAGUGCGCUCAAUGCACAGCGAUUCUUGGUUGUAGGUGUUCGACGGAAUGGUGCAGUCAAAAUGUUCGUGUACGAAGGUAAAAGACUGCAAACCAAGAACCAAUCGGUACAAGGGCGUCGAAAACCUCCUGCGGCGCAUAGCCUUCAAUUUAGGAAAUACACCAUCCAAAACCGAAGUGAAGGUCAUAUCGUGCAUACCCAUCGACGUAACGGACCUACAGCAGAAGAUAAUUUGUCUCGAGAGACAACUAGAGAAAAAGGGGUGCGAUAGUAAAAAAUGUGCGCCUGUCAUUGUGAACAGAGUCACUGCAGACUCCAUAAAGCCUGACACACAACAGUCCCAACUUCUACUUUUCGACACCCCAAACUAUUACCCUCGCAGGCACAAACAUAAAACACCAGACUUGACUCGCUAUCUACAAGAUCCCGCAGGGUAUAGUCCAAAAAAAUCUCCGUCAAGACAAGCUUUUAAAACCGAACCUCGGAAUGUCUUCGGACGCGUGAUCCCGGAAAAAGAACGCACGCGUCUGGUCUACUAUGCUGAAACUGCCGGAAGCCCCUUCACUUACUAUAAAAAAGCUAAUGAUAGAAGUAAAGAGAACUCUGACGAACCGAUGGAUAGGGAGUAUAUAUCAUCGCUUGCAGAACGUCAGCAUAUGGUGAAGAUGUACAUGGAUGACGACAUGUUGGGAAGCCAAGGGUCGAUGCCCGUGUGCCGCGACGUGCCCCGCUGCUCCGGCACCUCCGACGACAUGUGCUCGUGCUGCCACGGAAACUUCCUCGACGUGGAUUGUAAAAUUCGCAGGCGACCAUUCUACGAUCCUAACAUCGACCAUGGAAACAUUUAUUACGACUCCACUUUAUAUGAUGUUAAGCCAGUAAAGGAAAAACCUGUUAAAAAUGGUGACCUAAUCAGAAAGGAUUUGGCGUUUUUACCCGAGUAUUACCAAUUUAAGCCAGAAUAUAGUUUAAACAUGGAGUCAAUGCCGCACAAUUGUAGUAGGAAACCCAUUCAAAAGAGGGAACGUCGUGCAAAACCAGUUUAUCUUCCGAAUGAUUCGUCUGCAACCGACGGUCUCGUUGAAUUUAGCCACGUUUACCCAAAGCGAUUAUCUCCCAAGCAAGCACUUAGGCAUAAUACGAAUAAUGUGCCAAGAAAUGCGGAGUGCACUGCACAAAGUGACAAUACUGAAUUCCACACACCCUCUAAACCCAUUCAGACGUUGCACCCAACUAACCUUAUAUCCACCUCUAAAAAUCUCAGCCAACCCUUAUCCGAGAAUGCUGAAUGCACCCAGGUUAUAAACAAUAGCAAAUGUCUUAUAGGGCACAUGAAAGCUCUUCAGACAUCCUUGUCGAGGUUGGGAUCUACCCAUAACGGUACAAAAACAACGUUAAAAAACGCAGCCUGCCUGGCCCACCCUGUGAACGAGACAGAAUGCCAAACUGAUCCUUUACAGAACGCUCAAUCUGAUUCCCCCAGUCCUCCAGAUAAAACAGAAUCUACCCUGAACCAGAUCAAGACUAUGUUAGAGACAGUCCUGGUAGAAGUAAAGACAAACAGCGGAGUGAGGACUAUCGUUAGCGAAAAAGAGACAAAAGAUGCGACUGUGCAGAAUGAACAUGGACCAACUUCGUCAGAAUGCGAGCGUCUCCUAAAUAGUAUCACAUAUAGUCCUUACGCCAUGUUUAAUCCGUACAUGGCAUCCUGCUCUCGUACUCUACCCUCGUACUGCAGCUCCAUGAUGCGUCAAACCCUUACUAUACCGCGGCACGAACCCCCGCGCGACCUGGUGCCCCCACCAGAUUUGAAUUACGUACCAAACUUCCCUGAAAUGGUUCACCAAACAGUCGCCGCACACUCUUGCUUUCCCGACAGAAAUGCUACGCAACCCAAGCUGACCUCGACGUGCGGAACUAACACGUUGCACGAUCCGCCGAAGAGGCGAAACACAGAAACAGAAGAUCUUAUUAAAGAAAUUUAUGAAUCAAUAAAAUUAGAUGUGGAUUAUCCAUUAAAGAUAACUUCUCGCGACGCUAUUCAUAAAAGCAAGGCGAACGACGUUUGUAAAAAACCCGAGACCAAAACAGCGCUGGGUCGUGAAGAGAUAGUGUUCAGAGGAGAUGUGGGCACGUCUAGAGCGGCAAGAUUAGGAAGUCCUAGCAGCCACUCAAGCCUGACCAGACCCCAUCGUCGGGGCUCGUUACACCAGCAACCGAAACAUGCGACCAGCGCGCAGAGACGCCAAUGCAUCUCUAAAGGAACGAAUAAAGACUCGCACGCAUCAGAUUCUGAUAGCGAAAGUGAUAAUGACGUUGUCCAGCCUUCGACGUCACCUGUUAAAACUGCGUCGAUACCCGCUAAAAAGGGCUUCUUCGGUAAAGUAAUGUCUUCAGUCGUUAAGAGGAUUCGCAGAAAAGAAGAACAGCCACAGCCGCUUGGAAAGCGUACUACCGCAGCCACACAAGACUCUGAAUCAUCCGACUUCGAGACUCCUAUCGUGCCAAAAGAAAGGCCUGUCAAACACGUGUCUUACGCGCCUGCUGCCCAAACGUGGGGGGAACGUCCCCACCCGAUGAUUACGUCAUCAAAGACGCGUCGCUUAGGGCAAGCGCAAAGACGUCCAGAGCGCCCCAUGCACCAAAAUCAACGCAUGCCAAGAUACGUCCCUCCCCGACCCCGGAGCGUAAUCCAUCAUGCAGGCAGCUCUCAAAUCCGACGCACCAUCUUCAAACCACAAUCACCAAACCGACCGACAACACCACCCGAAUAUAUGAAGAGAGUCCCUCACAACCAAUAUGACUGGCGCACCACGCCCACUAGGUCCGUUCACCGUAUGGCGCCGACGAAUGAUUACAAACCCAGGAUCCCAACUAAAAGCCCGGGGCUUAAAAUAACUAAUAAGACUUGGAUGAGGAAACCCGUGUACCAUUUAGGGUUCGCUUGUGGCCCGGAGAAGGAGAAAAUUAUGAUGAAUUAUUGAUAAACGUUUAGGUUUUUCGAAAUUGUUAGUAGUGUCUUUUUUAAAUUGUCUAUAGUGAAUGUCUUGUGAUAUUUUUGCGAAUUAUUAAAA